AUGGCGAAUAUCAGAGCCUUCAACCCCGAGAUCCCUCAGGAAGAAGUCGAUCGAUUGUUCCAGAAGCUGAAAGACACGCGGUCGCCCACGGAGCCAAUCGUGCCUGAUGCGGGGAAGACUAUGGGGCUCACGGUUCACUUUAUCCAUGAGAAGGCUCGAGUGCGCACAGAGAAGACGAUACCCUUGCGUCUGUGGCUGACAAAGUCCAAAUUUCAAAACGUGAUGAAGCCUUUGCUGGAGCCGCGAGACGAGAAUGAUCCGGUCUUCAAUCUUUCUCAAGGCCCGCCAAGGGGUUGGACGUUGCAAGAUACGGCACGCAUAUACGAUGCGCUCAUGAAGCGCCUUGGCUAUGAUAGCUACGCUGCGCAGGGCGAUGCUUGCAAAGUCGUUCAUACAAACAUGUGCCCAGGAGCUCCACCAGAAGGCUACAAACUGAGCGAGCGAGAAAAGACCUCCCUGAUUGCGCUCACUCGGAACGGCCGUGCUGGAGAACGAGCAAUUCAUGAAAACGGCCUCUGCACGACGCUGAGCCUGUACUUCUUCACUUCAUCGUCGAUCAUGACUUCGAUGCUCUGCUAUUACAACAACGUCCGCCAUGAGGUGUACACCGAGUUUAAUGCAAGGGAGGAGAACCUGAUUAUGGUGCCGUUGGGUGUGAGCAGUUUUCCUUUCGACGCGUAUCCGGUGUUCAAGGCGGCGCCGGAGACGACAACGACGAACCUGAAAGAUUUCGGUGGUCAUUUCGCUUGCAUGGAGUGUCUGAACGAGAUGGUGAGCGACAUGCGAGAAUUCUUUGGACGGUUUUAA